UGCAUCAUCCGCUAGUUAUCGGAGCCAUCCUACGCGCUGAGGCUCGACUUUGCUUCUUGGCGACGGGUUCGAGCUCCUUCAGUGCCGGGGGUCCGGGCCUUUUGGGGAUCUGAGCCGGCACCGGAGCGAGUCGUCCCGGUUUCCCGCCCCAUGUUCAGCACGCCACCAUGGUGCGCAUGAACGUGCUGGCCGAUGCCCUCAAGAGCAUCAACAAUGCCGAGAAGCGAGGCAAGCGCCAGGUGCUCAUCAGGCCGUGCUCCAAGGUCAUCGUGAGGUUCCUGACGGUGAUGAUGAAGCACGGUUACAUUGGUGAAUUUGAAAUCAUCGACGAUCACAGAGCUGGGAAAAUUGUCGUGAACCUAACAGGCAGGCUGAACAAGUGUGGUGUGAUCAGCCCCAGAUUUGACGUGCAGCUCAAAGAUCUAGAGAAGUGGCAGAACAAUCUACUCCCGUCCCGUCAGUUCGGUUUCAUUGUACUGACAACCUCAGCUGGCAUCAUGGACCAUGAAGAAGCGAGACGAAAACACACAGGAGGGAAAAUCCUGGGAUUCUUUUUCUAGGGAUGUAAUUCCUGAAUCAAUAAAAAGCCUCUAUGGACUUGGA